AUGCAGUGCAUCGAUGAACAGAAAUUAAAGGAAUGUUUGACUUCGAUAAUUAAGAAGAUCGAUGAGACUGUUCGAGAGUUGGCAAAGAAAGCAGAAUCUACAUCAAAAUCGAAUUCAUCAAAUGCCAUCACUACAACUCAAGCUACGAAUACAGAAUCUAAUGCCGCUAGUGAUGAUCGACUGUUCGAUAACGCAGUGAAGAAUAAUAUUGUGAACACAUUUACUGUUGACAAUGAAGAAAAUGAAUUGUUAGAUACAUUAACCCGUGAUAUUCAAAAUGCACUGAAUGAUUAUUUGCCAAAAUUAUCAAAGAUGUGUCGUUGCUAUAUGAUGCAACAUUUACAUGAAUAUCACUUUAAUCAAGAUGGAAAAUUCACUCAGCGAUUAACAACCGGCGAUUUAUAUAAUUUUAAACAUGAUUUAAAUGGUUUAUUAAUGGCUGUACGAGCUUAUGUACGAGCAGACGAAGGAGACAGAGAAGAAGUCGAAAAUUUUUUGGAAAAUUAUCCCGAGUACAAAGAUAAACCAGGCUUUUGGAAGAAAACAUUAAUUUAUUCAGCAGCAGGAAAUAAUCAUCUUUCUUUGGUUAAAUACUUAGUUGAAACAGCUGGUUGUUCUGUGGAUGCUCAAAAUCAACAUGAAAUCGCAUGUAACAAGAUAGCAGAUGGUGAUGCAACUGAAAACUCACGCGAUAAUCAAGGAUACGAGCCGGAUCAGAUAGGUGGUUCAACAGCAUUACAUGUUGCCUGUAAUAAUAAUUACUUGGAUAUUGUGAAAUAUUUGAUUGAUAAAGGAGCAAACUACUUUAUUACAAAUGAAUCGGGAAAAACACCUAUUGAUAAUAGCGAUGGUAACCAGGCAAUACGAGACUUCUUUAAAAAUUAUCUCGUAUAUUCAUACAGUGGUUUAUCAGAUGCUUCUAUACCACGUAAAACGGUUUUAGAUUGUCCUGAUCGUAGAUCAACCAAUUGUGUUUGGGAAUAUAAACCAGUAAAGAAAGAUAAGUGGACAGCAUUUAACGUGAUUGAUCAUAAUAUCUUAUGUACUUCUUUGAAGCCAAGAGCGAACGAUCCACCAUUUAAUACAACAACUUACUUACAUGCUAGAGAAAGUACAUAUACUGUUCAAUUAUUGACAUUUCUUCGUGGAGCCAAAAAUCAAGAAUCAAAUCCAUCAGAUGAAGAUGGUUUAGCAUGGAUUCGAUGUCGAGGAUCGAGUAUAGCUAACUUUGAUAUUCAUUGUGUUUGGCAAUUAAUGUUUUUGAAAUAUGAUACAAAAAAAGAAUCUGAGAAAGCAUCAUCAGAACUUCCAUCUUUGGUUGCAGAAACUAUUCCUUCUUUCGAUAAUGGGAGAUUUCAAAUAAAAUUGAAUGGUUGGUAUACAUGUGAUUUGAAAAGAAAUGAUCUAUUGGACGAUGCAAUGAAUUAUAGACGACGAUAUGUCGAUAUUGAUUGUAAUUACGAUAUUCAUUAUAAUGAAAAUGCAACUGUUAAAUGUGAUCUAUAUGAAUUUACAUUUAAGAAUAACAAUGAAACAAUAAAAGGUUGUAUUCGAUGGAUACCAAAAGUUAUUGCAAAUACAGCGAACACUCAAAAUAUCAUUAAAAUAUUGGAUAAUUUUAAGAUAAUCAAUAAUUUUAAUCCAAUACUAUUGACAACAAAACGAUGUGAUCAAGUUAUCGGUUCGAAAACAACAACAGAAGGAAGUAUAAUUGUCAAUGAAGAUGAUGAAAAUGAAGAAAACAAUCCUAAUGAUGAUAUGAAUUUAGGUGAAGAUUGGGCGGAUGAUGAUGAAAAUAGUAAAGAUGCAACUCCUCCAGUUAUCAAUCCUAGUACUUGGAAGAUUGAGGAUCUUCUAAGUACUGAUAUGCCGCGAACAAAUGAACAGCUUCCGUUAAAAACUGAAGAGGAUUCUAUUCCAGAUAUUUCAAUACCAAUCAGUGAUCGAAUUAUAAAUAAACAAAUAGAUCAAUUCAAAAGAGAACAGUUAAUAAUUAAUCAAGUUUCUGAACCUAAGGAUAGUGCUAAACAAAAUGAUGCGAUGGGAAAAGAUCUGGAAACUAUUAAGCUUGAAAAUGAGCAAUUGAAUACAAAAAUCAUUUUAUUACAAAAAGAACUCGAAGAGAAAGCUAAAAAUUUGAAAGAUAAUGAUGUUAAAAGUGCCACAGAAUUGGAUGCAAUAAGAAUUAAGUUAGAAGACUUAGAGGAGCAAUUAAAAACAAAAAUCGACAAGGAAAAAUUUAUUAACAAAGAAACCGAGCAAAUAUCUACUUUGCAAUAUACUAUACCGAAGUCAAGUCAGUCUGUACGUUCAAAGUUCAAUAUAAUUAUCAAUACAUUGAGAAGUUUGGAUUAUUCUCUUAAAGAAUAUUUUAAAGAUAAUAUACCUGUCAUUGACUUAGAUGAUGAAGAUAAUAGGAAAAUAACACUUAAAGGUUUUCCCAUACAUCAUAAAAUAUUGAAGGAGAUCCUAGAAAAAUGGAAGAAUCUAGUUCAGAAAAUUCAAUCUGUUCAAGAAGAUUAUUGUCAAGAAAUCAACGAAAAAAUAAAAGAUUUGUUAAAAACAAUUCAUCAAGUGCACUCUACUAAUCCAACUUAUUGGAAAUCCUAUGCUAAAUGUUUGGUUAAAUUAGUCGAUCAAAAAUAUGAUAGUGAUGUUCAAAAAUUCAAGAAUUUUAUGAACGAUAAAAUGAAAAUACUAUUGGAUAUGUGUAUUCAAAAUGUACAACAAGAUUUUCAACAACAGAUUAGCGACUGGAAAAAAGAAUAUAUGGGGGCAGAAAAAUUUUCGGAUGAUGUUGAAUUGCUAAAGGCCAAUGCUCAAAAUGAAUUUAUACACAAAUAUAUUUUCUUACAACAAAAGUCGACGAAAACCAUACCAACAAAAGAAUCUGCUCGAGAGUUAGAUAAACAUAUUGAAACCAUUAAAGAUAGAUCGAAGAGAAAUCCAGAUUAUAAAGGAUAUAAAUUAAAACAUUUUCAAAUGAUUGUAUCUCUAUUACAUCAUCUAAUGAUAUUUUAUCAUUGCUUUCUAAUACAAUUACCUCUAUUCAAUGCAUCAUUUGAUCUUUUAAGUAAAAUUGCCAACAAUACGGUGAUAACUAUUGAAACAGCAACAGGUUCAGGUAAUAAUAUAUAUCUAAAAUCACUCGUUGAUGCUACAUCGAUGACGUAG